UUGAUGUUAACUGAUGUUCCAGGUGUUUCAAAGACGACAAGAUGGCUCUGUUGACUUCUUUCGUGACUGGCAGAAUUACACCGAUGGGUUUGGUAACCUCUACGGCGAGUUCUGGUUGGGCCUGCAAAAGAUUCAUCUCCUGACCUCUCAGGCGCACUUUGAACUCCUCGUGAAUAUGAGAAGCUACACCCUGGGAACGGGUUACGCUUCCUACAGCAGAUUCCGUGUGGCAGACGAGUCUCACAACUUCCGGCUCUUACUGGGCACAUUCAAGGGGAAUGCUGGUGAGUUGACCGACAUUUUUUCUGAAUGUGACUCAAUGGAUCAUCAAAAUGGCUUGGAGUUUUCCACUUAUGACCGAGAUAAAGACUACGCUGGAGGGAACUGUGCUGCGACAUAUCAUGGGGCAUGGUGGUACAAUAGUUGCCAUCACAGUAAUCUGAAUGGGCUGUAUGUUCAUGUGAAGGAGAAGUCCACAGUAAAUGUUUCAUCAGUAACGUGGCACCAAUGGUCGUCUAAAUAUCUCCCUCUUCAGUUCAGCGAGAUGAAGAUACGCCCGGUGAAAAUCCACUAAAUAGACGAUACUCGUGAUUGUUUAUAAAUUAUAGGCGAAGACAGAUCAAAAGUUCGUGGUA